GCUAUAUUUUGCCCCUUCCAGCUCAGCAUCAUCCCAAAAGUUUUUUUGGGGGGGAAAGGGAAAAAAACAAAAAAACCAAAAAGCCCCAGACAAAAGCAGGCGACCCCAAGUCCCCCCGAAGCGGCGCGGCGCAGGCGAGGGAGGCGAGCGGCGGUGCUCCUGCUCGGCGGACGCGGCGGGACCCGGUUCUCACCCGGUCGAGUCGGACACAAAGUGCUGUCCAGCUGGAAUGAAUAUAUCUGAGUCAAACUACUGCCGAGAGGAGAUACCGCAACCCCGGGGCGACUGUUCAUGGGUCACCGCCGCGGCGCCGGCCGCUGAGCCCGGGCUGGCCUUCGCGCGCCCCGCCGCCGCCGCCGCCGCCGCCGCCGCCGCCGCGUCCCCCGCCAGCCGCACGCCCAGCCCCGAGCCCGGCUUCGCCUUCGGCGCCGCGGCCCCCGGCGCGGCCCCCAGCCGCACGCCCAGCCCCGAGCCGGGCUAUGGAUACAGCCCUCCGGCGGGCCGCGCCGAGGGCAAGGCCGGCGAGGACUCCCGCAUCCGCCGGCCCAUGAACGCCUUCAUGGUCUGGGCGAAGGAUGAGCGCAAGCGGCUGGCGCAGCAGAACCCCGACCUGCACAACGCCGUGCUCAGCAAGAUGCUGGGCCAGUCGUGGAAGGCGCUGAGCGCCAGCGACAAGCGUCCCUUCGUGGAAGAGGCAGAGCGGCUGCGCAUCCAGCAUCUCCAGGAUCACCCCAACUACAAGUACCGCCCAAGGAGAAAGAAGCAAGCCAAGAAAAUCAAGAGGAUGGAACCCAAUAUCCUCCUCCAUAACCUUUCCCAGCCUUGCAGUGACAACUUCAGCAUGAGUCACCACGGCGGCAGCCAGCCGGGCCACCCCCAGCCUCCCCCACUUAACCACUUCAGAGAACUCCACUCCAUGGGGUCGGAUAUUGAAAACUAUGGCUUGCCAACUCCCGAGAUGUCUCCCUUGGAUGUCUUGGAACAGACCGAGCCGGCGUUUUUCCCUCCGCACAUGCAGGACGACUGCAACAUGAUGCCCUUUCGCGGCUACCACCACCACCCGCAGCUGGAGUUUGCCCCGGAGAAGUGCAUGGGGCGGGACGUGGCGGGGCCCUACGCGCAGACCCCCUCGCACCUGGCCGAGGCCAUGAGGACUCCCCACCCCUCCAGCCUCUACUACAACCAGAUGUGCUCGGGAGCUCAGGGCGGGCUCUCGGCCCACCUGGGCCAGCUCUCGCCCCCGCCCGAGGCCCACCCCCUGGAGAGCGUGGACCACUUGAACCAAACCGAGCUCUGGACAGACGUCGACCGCAACGAGUUCGACCAGUACUUGAACAUGAGCAGGACUCGGCCUGACGCCUCGGGACUCCCUUACCAUGUCUCCCUGUCCAAAGUGACUCCUAGGAGCAUCUCCUGCGAGGAGAGCAGCUUGAUAUCCGCCCUGUCCGACGCCAGCAGCGCGGUUUACUAUAGCCCGUGCAUCACAGGUUAGGUCUGCCCCCCCGCCCGGCGCCGCCGGGGAGCCCCGGCUCUGCCCGAAACCAGACGCCGCCUCCCUUUAACCGCGAGCUCCAUCGUAUUUAGAGUAUCUCAUUAAAUGCAUCGCUUUCAUCUUCUUUUCUUUUUUUUUUUUAAAAAAAACCGUGCUGACGUCACUGAUAUACCGUAUACCUAUAUAACACAGCUAGACGCCUUUCCAAAGCCGAGGCCGCCCGCGCACCGGCUCCGUGCCGGCCCUGCGGCUGCAGCUCCCCGGGGACGCGGUCCCACCCGCUCGGGGGGGGGGGGUUUAGGCAAACUGCAGCGAAUCCUGCCCAAAAAGCAGCGCCGAAGCGAAGCGCGGGGCAGCCGGGGCCGCUCGAGGAGCGCUCUGCAGGGACGGCCAAGGAUGCGGUGCCUGUUAGCGGGGGUCUUUAGGACAGUUUUUACUGUAUUAUCAGCAAUAUAUUUUAAUUGGGCAACAAAACUAUAUUUUUACUAAGCAUUUUUAUAUAUAAAAUGAUAUUUAAUGUCUUUGGGGGUUUUUUUUAUUAGACUUUUUAAAAAUAAAUCAAGGGAUAUCCAUGAGAUCUAAAGCAUUUAUGUAGCAAAGCUGGAUUUAAAAAAAAGAGCAACGAAAAGGAAAAAGGAGUUAUUUUGUGAAAAGGGAAUUGCAAUGUAAAUAUUAUGGAACAAUUGACUGGAAUUUUGUACAAAAGAAAAAUACGACUGCAAACACUUUUAUUGACUAGAACUGUAUGGAGAGCAAACUGUUUUAUACCGGUUAAUUAUUAAAACAUCUUCAUAUAA